CACAGGAAUGCGUCAGAGGUCCUGCAGAAUCUCCCAACUAAAAUAAUGGCCAUGGCCAUGGGCAAUACGCCCCACGCUGCGCCGGUAUUCACUACGUACUGCCAGCAAAUUACCGAGAUAUCUAACUCCAAUAACCAAAACAAACCUAAACCUCAAUCCGGCAGUCUUAAACCUCAAUCCGACAAUCCUAAACCUAAAUCCGGCAGUCCUAAACCUAAAUCCGGCAAACCUAAAAUUUGGUUUGAAUGACUCGAGACCUUCCAGAUACGACACCACUCAAUGCUCUUGCGCCUACACACCCUCCUUUUAUCUUCAACUGCAGAAUCCUCUUUUAACUGUCCGAAAGCAAUAUCUAUACCAGCAGCGCGUCUUGCUGCAUUGAUCCAGCGUGUCGCUUUCCGCGCGAGAGAGACGUCUAGUUCUGGUGCUGACGAGUUCCCAGUACUGACAAGUACUUUAAAAAAAAAAAAUCUAUUGUCCUUCGAGGUCGAAGAGCCUAUGUCGGACAUAGCCCCUUACGCGGGGGCUUACUCCCGCUUGGUCUAUCGCAGAUCAUAUUGUCGGGCAAAGGCCGAUACUAAGUACUUUGCCUGCGAGGACAGUUGUCGACCCGACUACGAAAAAUUCUAUGCCAAGAUUGCGGCUCUAUUCCGCGAUCCUCGCAGGAUGGGGAGGACUUGUGUCUGGAUAGGUUGCUCUGUUGUCUCCUCGCAGCAGAGAUGAGAGAGAGGCGAAGGUAGCAGCUGACUGGUUGAUCGAAGAUAUCAAAGCGGUAUGCUCCUUCAUGAGAGCCACGAGCUUGGUGGCAUUUUCACCAGGGGGAAGGUCAUGAAGUUGGUUCAGCGCACGAUGUAGGUAGUAAGUUGUAGUGAUGACUACAUCGAGUUGCGCAGUUACUGUGGUAUAUUCAGCGCUGAGAGGGUGAGCGGACUCAGUCACUUGGACAGGUAAUGCGGAAUGCACGAGCACAUUGUGCACGGCGCUCAGAAAAGAUGGGUGGGACAUACAGCUCUAUGCAGCUUGAAGAUCUGGAAGAGGGAUAAUAGAAGUUACCGAUCAACAUGAGUUUA